AUGUCUACAAAUCUUCUGGUCUAUGAAAUACUACCAGAGUGGGCGCUUAUUUAUUUUGUUAACACUGGAGUAGACAAAUACCGGUGUAACAUUUGCGAUGAUGAAAUUGAGGUGACAGAGAAUAAGUUGGAACUUUUGAAUCAUUUGGAAGAUGGUCAUAAAGAAGUUCUGGAUUUUCAUAAGGGAAAUGCAUCUGCAAAUGUUGACUAUCGUAUAGAGUUUCUCCAAAUCAGUCCUAAGGAUGACGGGAAAAUGCCAUUGAUUUUGGGAGAAAUUUGUGCACCACCCCACGAUUAUGCUUUAAAGGCAGAGUGUGAGGAUUUUCUGUUAGUCCCAGAAAAUAAGGCUGCAGAGGAUAAACAAGAAUACCAUCGCAAGAGAAGCUGGGUAUGGAAGUACUUUGAACAGCUGACCAAAACAAUAUACCGUUGCAACAUUUGCACUGCAGUCUUAUCAAUUAAGGGCAGUAAUUCCAAUAAUAUGAAUAGGCAUAUAAGGACAAGACAUUUGUCUAUAUAUACCUCCGAAACAAGAAAAAAAUCUCUAGAAGACAAAGCCAGUGACUCAGUUAGCUCAUCUAAGGUUGUUCCUAUGCUGGACAGAACUUCGUCGAGUACGGAUAGUCGAAAACAGCGACGCAGUUGGGUGUGGUCCUACUUCACGCUGGUGUCUCGGACGCGAGCCAAAUGCAAGAUAUGCAAGCGGGUUAUAUCGCACGGGGGAAACGCUACCGGCAACAUGAAUAGACAUCUAAAAAUUUUGCACAAUAAGCGCGGAGAGGAACACGAUUGGAUAUGGAAGGUAUUCGAUGCAGGCGAUGAUGUGUAUUCUUGUAAAAUAUGUCAAUAUCAAUUCAUUAAGUUCGCAGACAUAGAUAAAUGUGUGAGAAGUAUCCUGGAUCAUUUGAAAGAUGAGCAUAACGUGGUAUCUGGAUCUCAGAUCUUAACAGCCUCCACCUUCCAACCUUGUUGA